GUGUUGUGGGGUUGGGGAUUCUCAUUAUUGGUGAAAUGUCUUAUGGCAUUCUAUAGGUUUGUUUGGAUGUGAAGAAGAAGAAAAAAGUAGGAAAUUAUUUCGGGGAUUAUAACUUUUUCUACUCUUGUGUUUCUUUUCCCCAUUCCGAUCUGGUUCAUUUCUGUGGCUUGAUUGACUAAGAAUUUUCCAUUUUUUGGAAGUUAUUAAUAAUUAAGUUCAAACCUUUUUCCCAAAAGUUCAUUAAUUAGCUACUUAAUGGGUUUGGUUUUGAGGUUACUUUCUUGAUUCAGGGAUUGGUGUUUUAUCCCUGCUUUGUUUUUAAAUGCAAGAUGUGAUAACGAUGGGCUUUGUGCAUUUCCUAUUUCUGGCUUUUGGGGUUCUUUUUUAUUUUCUGAUCCUAAUUGUUAUGUUCUCUUUUUUGGGUUUUAUUAUGUUCAAUUUCGUAUUCAAUUUUUCUUUACCUCUUUUGAUCAAAGGGUUUUCACCUGGUCGAGCUUUUAAUGAUGGUUACAACGGAUUGGAGACAUCUUAUUUAUCUUUAGUUUGUGCUUUUUAAUGAUCUUUAAUUGUUCUGUUUGGGGUAUAUAUUGAUUGUUCGUUUGAACUUUCCAGUUAUCAAUGGCUUAUGUACACGUUGUUGUUUGUUAGAUAUAUUUUCCAUUUUUUUCCUUCUUAUUCUUGCUCUGGUGGUAUUUUAUUUUUAAGUUUCUUUUGUAGAUUAAGAUUGUUUCUACUUUUUGACCUUUUUCUUAUUCUAUGGUUUUUUAUUUUAUUCGUUGUUAUAUUCAUCCCUUGUAAUUGUGGUACUGCUCGUUGAUAAAAGCAAAUUGCAGUCUACUGAAUAAACCAUACCUUUGCCUACUUUUCUGCUUCUUUUCUUCUUUUUGUAAUGGAACUUUAUUUGUAUUGACAGGGGUAGUUGCUUGUUUAUCUUGGCUGUUGUCAUAAUUUUUUUAAGCUGUUGAUAAUUUAAAUGCUGAGCAAUAAAUUUGUUAUGCGCACUACUUUUAUAAAGUUUAUACUAAGUUGAAUGGACAAGUUAGCUUGGGCAUCUUGAAAGGAAAUGCACUUGGACUGUUCUUUACAGAUAUACUUGGCUGGAAAUGUUGGCUAGUUGAACAUUAUUCUUUCCUCAAAGGCUUCCUUUUUACUCAUCCAUAGCUCAUAUGGAAAUAAUAUGUGAUUAGAACAAUGGACAACUACGAGAAUGAGCAUCAUGUACGAACUGGCCAGGGUUCUGUGUCUGUAAUAGUCUGUGGAGACCAAGAUAAGCCGCCACUUAUUACUUAUCCCGAUUUGGCUCUAAAUCAUAUGUCAUGUUUUCAAGGAUUAUUCUUUUUCCCAGAAGCAGCUUCGUUGCUACUUCAUAACUUUUGCAUCUACCAUAUCAGCCCUCCUGGACAUGAGUUAGGAGCUGCUGAGAUUUGUGAGGAUGAUCCUUCACCCUCUGCCGAUGAUUUAGCAGAUCAAAUCCUUGAGGUUCUCAACUAUUUUGGACUCGGUGCGGUGAUGUGCAUGGGGGUAACAGCUGGCGCUUACAUUCUUAGUCUUUUUGCUUUGAAGUAUAGAGAGCGAGUUCUUGGUUUAAUUCUUAUAUCCCCCUUAUGCAAGUCGCCCUCUUGGUCCGAAUGGUUCUAUAAUAAGGUAAUGUCAAACUUGUUGUACUUCUAUGGCAUGUGCGGUUUGUUGAAAGAGUGCUUGCUUCAGCGGUACUUCAGUAAGGAGGUCCGUGGUAGUGCAGAAGUUGCAGAGUCUGAUAUAGUUCAAGCAUGUAGAAAACUACUUGAUGAGAGACAGAGCAACAAUGUUUUGAGGUUCCUCCAAGCCAUUAAUAGAAGACCAGACAUUACUGAAGGGUUAAAAAGGCUCCGGUGUCGUACUCUCAUUUUCGUCGGGGAUAGCUCACCUUUCCAUUCUGAAGCACUCCAUAUGAUAUCAAAAUUGGAUAGAAGAUAUAGUGCCUUGGUUGAGGUCCAAGCUUGUGGAUCGAUGGUAACCGAAGAGCAGCCACACGCAAUGUUGAUACCGAUGGAGUACUUCUUCAUGGGGUAUGGAUUAUAUAGGCCAUGCCAGUUCAGUGAUAGUCCACGGAGUCCAUUAAGUCCAUCUUGUAUCUCCCCAGAGCUUCUUUCUCCAGAAAGCAUGGGAUUAAAGCUAAAACCAAUAAAAACGCGCAUUUCUUAAACGUCACAAGGACAUGUAGAAUUGGAAAAGAAGAGAGGAGGCUAUGGUUUGCUUGUGAUUCAAAACUCUGUCUGUCUGUAAGUUUUUCUUUUCCAGAUUUUUGAUUUGUUGAAAGGAGCGUUUGUGUAGAUAGGGGGAGAGAAAAAAAAAAAGGGUAUUCACAAUGAUGGGUAAAUAACUAAUAGGGAGAUACACAUUCAUUCUUUUGUAGUCAUCAGACAUAAAAGAGAUCAUAUUCUUGAACUCUGUGGAUUCGUAUAUUCUUCACUCUGACCAAAUAUAUUAAAAUAUUUAUCAAUGAUCUUGAA